UCCUCCACCUCCACCUCCACUUCCACCACCUCAUCCUCCUCCACAACCACCGCAUCGUCGCCAAACCCCGUCUUCGCCCCUCGCCCCCUCCGCCUCCCACAAUUCCGACACCCGCGUCCGCUCCUCCUCCUUGACCAAUUCCCGCUCCCGCUCCCGCGGUCCCCUAGUCCGCUCACUUCCCCCGCGCCGCCAGCACGCAUCCCGUCAUCCUCAUCAUCCUCAUCGCCGAAGCUGGCACGUAGCUUUCUGGCUUCUUCCCCUUCGCCCCCGGCAGUUGGGGGUGGGGGCGAGUUGGGAAGGGAUGUUCUCGAGGAGCUGUUCAAGAUUAUUAGGAGCGUGCCCGGUAGUCCGCCCGCUGGAUCCGGAGCCGGGGCUGGGGGGUUGCAAGUUCACCGGAGGCAGGGGAGUGCGGGGGGGCGGGGAAGUCCGGCAGCGACGGGAUCAGGGGGGAGGGACUGUGGGUUUCGUAAGUUUACUCUGUAGCCCUUCGAUCGAUUUGUGUGAGCUGUUUGGUUGGGGCUAAUUGAAAUGGAAUGGAAUGGGUCUGUAGCAUCCUCCCCCGUCUCGAGAACCACCAUGCGCAACCCGAUCAUUUUUAAUUCCCAAUUCGAUGGGGAGUCG